CAGACAGCCGAUCGUCGGUGAGAUAGGUUUAGGAGUUCACGUUAGUCUCUCCUUCUCCCUCUCCUCUCCUCUUCAGUUGGGCAACUUGAAGUGAGAGCUGAGGUAGGUCUUUUUGGUUAAGCGGAGUAAUCGGAUCAAGCAUUUGAUCGAGCACUUCGGCUGCGGGCUGCUUACUCCGAUCUCGUCUUCUCAGGUCUUCUGAAGGUUGGAGAGCUUCUGUCUAUUCUGCUAAAUUGAAUGCGGUUUCACUAGAAGCUAUGCGUCAGUGAAUCACACACUGCAAGAUCUGUCAAGAAACUCCCAGAUCUGAUGGCGGCUGAGGGGGAAACGAGGAUGCAUGGUAAGCAUGAGAACGGGCAAGUAUGCCAAAUCUGCGGGGAUGGUGUUGGCAACACGGUGGAGGGAGAUGUCUUUGUGGCUUGUGACAUCUGCGGAUUCCCGGUCUGCAGGCCGUGCUAUGACUAUGAGAGGAAGCACGGGAACCAAUGCUGUCCUCAAUGCAAGACCAAGUAUAAAAGGCAUAAAGGGAGCCCGCCAAUCCACGGUGAGGAAGGGGAUGAAGUAGAUGCGGAUGAUUCGAGCGAUUUUGAUUAUCCGUCAGGCAAUCAGGAUCAGAAGCAGAAGCCUGCCGACAAAAUGAUUGGCUGGCAUAUGAACUAUGAAAAAGGAGGAAAUCAUGGAUUUCCAAAGUAUGACAGUGGGGAGAUCCCACGGAACAACAUCCCUUUGCUCACUCAUAGUCGAAGCCAAGAGCUAUCUGGGGAACUGCCAGGGGCAUCCCCAGAUCAUAUGAUGUCUCCAGGUGAUGUUGGCAAGCGUGUGCAUCAACUCCCUUAUGUGAACCAUUCACCUAACCCCUCAAGGGAAUUCUCUGGUGGAUUUGGAAAUGUGGCAUGGAAAGAGAGAGUUGAUGGAUGGAAAAUGAAGCAAGAUAAAAAUGUACCUCCAAUGGCCACAAAUGUCACUAGCCAUGCUCCGUCUGAGGGGAGGGCUGUUACUGAUAUUGAUGCUGCAACUGAUUACAACAUGGAAGAUGCUUUAUUUAAUGAUGAAACUCGGCAGCCUCUUUCAAGGAAAGUUUCUAUCCCAUCAUCAAGGAUAAACCCAUACAGGAUGGUCAUUGCAUUGCGACUAGUUAUCCUUUGUAUUUUCUUGCACUACCGUAUCACAAAUCCUGUGCGUAAUGCAUAUCCUUUGUGGUUACUGUCUGUGAUAUGAGAUCUGGUUCGCAAUGUCGUGGAUACUGGAUCAGUUCCCCAAGUGGUUUCCUGUAAACCGGAAACAUAUCUUGAUAGACUAGCUAUAAGGUAUGACAGAGAAGGUGAACCAUCUCAGUUGGCUGCUGUGGACAUAUUUGUCAGUACUGUGGACCCUUCGAAGGAACCGCCUUUAGUCACUGCCAAUACUGUUUUGUCCAUUCUUGCGGUGGAUUAUCCUGUUGAUAAGGUAUCCUGUUAUGUCUCUGAUGAUGGAGCUGCUAUGUUGACCUUUGAAGCCCUCUCUGAAACUUCAGAAUUUGCAAGAAAAUGGGUCCCAUUUUGUAAGAAAUACAAUAUUGAACCCCGAGCUCCAGAAUGGUACUUUGCCCAGAAGAUUGACUACCUAAAAGAUAAGGUUCAGCCUUCAUUUGUCAAAGAUCGUCGAGCAAUGAAGAGAGAAUAUGAAGAGUUUAAAGUUCGUGUUAAUGGUCUUGUGGCAAAAGCACAGAAGAUUCCUGAAGAAGGAUGGAUCAUGCAAGAUGGCACACCUUGGCCAGGAAACAACACAAGAGAUCAUCCUGGAAUGAUUCAGGUUUUCUUAGGCCACAGUGGAGGCCUUGACAGUGAAGGCAAUGAGCUGCCACGAUUGGUCUAUGUUUCUCGUGAAAAGCGUCCUGGUUUCCAACAUCACAAGAAGGCUGGUGCUAUGAAUGCACUGGUACGUGUAUCAGCUGUCCUUACCAAUGGGUCUUAUCUGUUAAAUCUUGACUGUGAUCACUACAUAAACAAUAGCAAGGCGUUGAGAGAAGCUAUGUGUUUUCUCAUGGAUCCUAAUCUUGGAAGGUCUGUUUGUUAUGUACAAUUUCCACAAAGAUUUGAUGGCAUUGAUAGGAAUGAUCGUUACGCCAAUCGCAAUACUGUGUUUUUUGAUAUUAAUUUAAGAGGUCUUGAUGGUAUUCAAGGUCCGGUUUAUGUGGGCACUGGUUGUGUCUUCAAUAGAACUGCGUUGUAUGGUUAUGAACCUCCAGUCAAAAACAAGUCUAGAAACAGUGGCUUUUUCUCUUUAUGCUGUGGUGGCUCUCGCAAGAAGAAUUCCAAGUCUAAGAAGAAGAGUUCUGACAAUAAGAAACAAAGCAAGCACGUUGAUAAUACUGUACCUAUAUUCAACCUGGAAGAUAUAGAAGAAGGUGUUGAAGGUGCUGGAUUUGAUGACGAGAAAUCACUUCUAAUGUCACAAAUGAGCUUGGAGAAAAGAUUUGGCCAGUCUUCUGUCUUUGUCGCUUCUACUCUUAUGGAGCAUGGCGGUGUUCCUCAAUCCGCAACACCUGAGUCUCUUUUAAAAGAAGCUAUUCAUGUCAUCAGCUGUGGCUACGAGGAUAAAACUGACUGGGGAAGUGAGAUUGGCUGGAUUUAUGGUUCUGUCACAGAAGAUAUUCUAACGGGAUUCAAAAUGCAUGCUCGCGGAUGGCGCUCGAUUUAUUGCAUGCCUGAGCUUCCUGCUUUCAAGGGAUCUGCGCCUAUUAACCUUUCAGACCGUCUGAAUCAAGUUCUGCGAUGGGCCCUCGGAUCCGUUGAGAUUCUCUUUAGCCGGCACUGUCCCAUAUGGUAUGGAUAUGGUGGACGGCUCAAAUUUCUUGAGAGAUUUGCAUACAUUAAUACAACCAUUUACCCACUCACCUCAAUACCACUUCUUUUGUACUGUACAUUGCCUGCUGUCUGUCUACUCACUGGAAAAUUCAUCAUCCCUCAGAUCAGCAACUUUGCAAGUCUUUGGUUCAUCUCCCUCUUCAUCUCAAUCUUCGCCACCGGCAUCUUGGAGAUGAGAUGGAGCGGUGUCGGCAUCGAUGAAUGGUGGAGGAAUGAACAGUUUUGGGUCAUCGGAGGCGUCUCCGCCCAUCUUUUCGCCGUAUUCCAAGGCCUUCUAAAAGUUCUCGCCGGUAUCGACACAAACUUCACCGUCACUUCCAAGGCUUCAGAUGAGGAAGGAGAUUUCACAGAACUCUACAUGUUCAAAUGGACCACACUUCUGAUACCACCCACAACUCUCUUGAUCAUAAACCUCGUCGGCGUCGUUGCCGGAAUAUCAUAUGCCAUUAACAGUGGUUAUCAGUCAUGGGGACCUCUCUUUGGCAAGCUUUUUUUUGCCUUCUGGGUCAUUGUUCAUCUCUACCCAUUCCUCAAGGGUCUAAUGGGCCGGCAGAAUCGAACCCCGACCAUCGUCGUGGUCUGGUCUAUUCUUCUUGCCUCUAUAUUCAGCUUGUUGUGGGUUCGAAUUGACCCUUUCACCACCAGAGUUACAGGUCCAGAUGUGCAGCAGUGUGGAAUCAAUUGCUAGAGAGUAAAUCACCUUCAAAGAAAGGUAA